AUGGAAUUAUUAAUCUUCCAAAGGCUAAUUCGACUACACAAGGAGUUCAUUCACCUCUAUUAUUCGCAUAUGCACAAGAGAUCUAAACUAGUGUCAUUCUUCAUAGGAGUUGCAUCCUUAUACUUAAUCAAGACUCUUGCUAAACUUUUAUGGUUGACUGUUCCAAGAGUCCGAAGCAACUUAAUCUCGAAGUACGGAAGGAACUCCUGGGCUGUGGUGACAGGAGGAUCAGACGGAAUUGGAAAAGAGUUCUGUAUCGAAUUAGCUAAAUAAGGAUUUAAUAUUGUUGUAGUGGCAAGGAACGAAUAAAAGAUGAAUGAACUUUGUGCAUAAUUACAAAAUUCUCACGUUGAAACCAAAACUAUAGUCGUAGAUUUUAGUCAGGGACAUUCAGUUGAAUUCUAUGAAAAGGUUAAAUCUGAACUAAGAUAUUUGGACAUUUCGAUCUUGGUUAACAAUGUGGGUAUGAGCGAAGGAACUUUGUUUGCUUAUGAGAAAAUGGAUAACAUUUUGAAGAUACUUAGAGUCAACGCCUUGUCAACACUAAUGAUGACCAGAAUAUUAAUCAACAAAUUAGAAUGUAGACAGAAUAAAUCUGCUGUGAUUACUCUAUCAUCUGCUUUAGCAUAUUUGCCAUGUCCCUAUCUUACUGUUUAUUCUUGUACCAAGUCAUUUACUCAUUAUUUUACCCAAUCCUUAGGGUUGACCUACAAAAACACUCAUUUUCUUAGUGUCACACCCCUGGGAGUAAGAACAAAAAUGUUGGCUAUGAAAUAAGGAUUCGAAGUUAUAGAGCCUAAUUAAUUAGUGAAGAAUGUAUUGGAUGAUUUGAGAGUAGGCAAACAAACUAGUUAUGGAUGGAAUGUACAUAAGGGUAUUAUUAACUAUGUUUUAUGGAGAAAUUAAAACUACAGAGACUAAGUUAAAGUAAGAAUUGGAAACAAUUUGCGAGAUUUAUAUCUCUCAUAAAAAUGA